UGUGCGAAGAAAGUUGCAUUGUAUUUAGCGUCAGUGUGAAACAUUUAGUGGUUUAUUCGGUAUUUCGUAGGAAAUUUGUCACGAAACCUGAAGAAUAAUGACAAACAACGAAGAAAAAUUCGACGGAAUGUUGCUGGCUAUGGCGCAGCAACUGGAAGGCGGUAUACAAGAUCUUCUUGACACAUUCUUCAGUUUCCUCGCGAGAAAAACUGAUUUUUACACGGGGGGCGGGGAAGGAGCAGCAGAAAAGCUUGUCACUAGCAAGUUCAAGAAAUACCAAGCUACUGCUGUUGCUAAAGCAGCUAUUGAUAAGGCUGAACGUGCAGAACAGGAGAGACGUCGUAUAGAGAGGUUAGAAAUGAAGAAGAAAGAAGAAAAUGCUAAAGAUAUAUUUAAUUUGGAUUCAAAGAUUGUUGAAUUAACCGAUGAUCAGGCUGCUACGUUACAAGAGGAAAUAGAUAGUAAAAAAUUGGCAAAAGAGUCACCUGCUGUUCCUGGCCCAAGUGGAAGUAACACAACUGCUGAUACAAAAGAGGAAAACAUGGACGACGAUGAAGAAGACGAAAAGGAUAAGAACAAACUUAGGCCUAACAGUGGAAACGGCGCAGAUCUACCAAACUACAAAUGGUCACAGGCACUUUACGACUUGGAGAUCAAAGUGCCUUUGAAAGUGAACUUCACGGUGAAGCCGAAGGACGUGUCGGUGACAAUCAUGAAGAAGCACCUGACCUGCGGCAUCAAGGGUCAGCCGCCGAUCAUCGACGGUGAUUUCCCGCACGAGGUCAAAGUCGAGGAAUCAACCUGGGUGAUCGAGGAUGGAAAAGUGUUGUUGAUCAACUUGGAGAAGGUGAACAAGAUGCAAUGGUGGGCGCACGUGGUGACCUCUGACCCGGAGAUCAAUACGAAGAAAGUGAAUCCUGAGCCUAGCAAUCUGUCCGAUCUCGACGGCGAGACCAGAGGCCUAGUGGAGAAGAUGUUGUACGACCAGAGACAGAAGGAGCUGGGCCUGCCAACGUCCGACGAGCUGAAGAAGCAAGACGUGAUCAAAAAGUUCAUGGAACAGCAUCCGGAGAUGGACUUCUCGAAGUGCAAGUUCAACUGAAGACAGGGAAUAUUAUCGAUGCAUUCC